GGAAGGAAACCGAACCAACCAGAAUGGAGCACGUGCAAACUCCACACAGACAGUCACUCGAGUGUGGGAUUGAACCUGGGUUCCUGGCGCUGUGAGGCAGCAGUGCUAACUGCUGAGCCACCGUGCCACACUGUUCUUGCACUUUCCCAUCAUUGUUCCCUUCAUGUUGCUAUGGGCUAGCUUUAGAGAACGUUUAAUGGCUUCCCACUUCAUGUAAAUCCCAGGAAGUCCGAAAGCAAGGGCUUAACGAGCUCCUCAAUGAACUAAAGAUGGUCGAUUAACAAGGUUAGUGACUUCUCUUUCCCUGUUGACUCCCUUGGGGAGAUGAUCAGAUUUGGAACAAAGUCUCCAGAAUGGUCAUUGAUGCUAAUGUGUUUCCACCCAGCUCCCUUCAAUCCCAAUUUGGAAAGCGAAAAUUCCAUCCUUCCCAUAUCAUUUCAGUAUCUCUGUUCUGUUAAUCUAGGAUGGUCUGCCGAUUGCCUGCAGGAGUGGGGCAGCUUUGUACGACUGGCAAUUCCCAGCAUGCUCAUGCUGUGUAUCGAAUGGUGGACUUACGAGAUUGGAACCUUCCUAGCAGGCCUAAUUAGUCAAGUUGAACUCGGAGCACAGUCUGUAAUUUAUCAAGUGCUGACAGCAGCUUACAUGAUCCCUCUGGGAUGUAGUGUGGCUGCAAGUGUACGUGUGGGUAACGCACUGGGUGCAAAGAAUCCAGAGAAAGCUAAAACGUCUGCUACAGUUUCCCUGUGUUUUGUUGGGUGCUGUUCCUUGCUGAUUGCAUUGACUGUGGGAGCUUCAAGAAGUGUGCUAGGUUACAUCUUCACCACUGACAAAGAUAUCAUCCAGUUAGUUUCAUGCGUUGACCCCAUCAUUGCUACUUUCCAUUGGUUUGAAGCCAUAGCUACUGUAAGCGGCGGGGUGUUAAGAGGACUUGGGAAGCAAAAACUGGGAGCGAUUGGAAACCUGGUGGGUUUCUACUCAAUUGGGUUUCCCCUUGGCGUCACACUGAUGUUUGCUGCACAUCUUGGUAUCCUAGGUCUCUGGUCUGGACUGUUCAUUUGUGUCGUUGUGCAAACUGUUUUCUUUUUAAUUGUGAUUUCAAGAAUGAACUGGAACAAAGCAUCCGAUCAGGCGAUGGUUAAUGCAGGUGUGAAGAUAAACAUGGACACCCCUUGCACUCCAUCUAAUCCCCAGACUGAGGAUCUUUCAACAGGUCAAUGUACACAGGGCCACACUAUCAUUGUGUUGACCAAUCUCAGCCAAGCGGAGAUUAGCACAGACACAGAACAACUGAGAGAAGAUACCUCUGCACUAGAAAUUGGAGUUACCACAGUCGGAGAAAUCUUGUCCACAAAACAACUGAUCAUUCGCCGUGGGCUAGCCUUCCUUUCAGGACCCCUGAUCCUGGCCAUUGGACUUGUGAUACAAUUAACUGUUUCAAAGCAAACAUAGAGCCUUGAUGAAUUUAGAAGAGAAAAGCAGGGCUGAAGAUGACAUUCUGCAGCAUGAGGAAGAGCCAGUGGACAACAAGAUAUCACUGUUAACAUGGGACAUCAGUUGCUGCAGGGAAAUUCCAGUCUCCUGCCAACUAUUUAAGGAAACAUCCUUGGCAGUGUACAAGUAUCUGACAGACCGUUGACAAUUCAAUUACAACCGAAGCCCCCCCCCCUCCCAAACUCUGAAUGAACUGGGAGUCAGUGGUUGAUCAUGUCCACAGCUCCUAAACCACAAUGGUUUCCAAGCAACCAUUAAAUUGAACAUCAUCGGCAGUAACUAUUGACAGAUAACAGUCUGAAAAAAGCAGAGGAACACAAAUUUGGUUGUUAUUGAUUUAUCUUAAAUAUAUUUCAAAGCUUUGAAUCCAGCAUUUGUUUCAGGGUGUCACGUCCAAUUUGUGGAUAUCUAACGGCAGAUCCAAAGAAGUGCAGUUGUGCAAUCUGACACGAUUGAUGCACUUCAUCAAUAUUAACAAAUUUCCUACGCCCUUGCUCACUGUUAGGUCAAAUGGUGCACUCCACCAUGUAACGCACUUUGUAUUAUUCUGUUGUAUACAUGGAGCUGGCCUGUUUAGGCCACACAGUCCAAAUCCUGUAGAUGCUGAGAUCAACUAGCUUGCAGUUGAUUAGCAACUUUGGCAGACUUCCAGGUGUUUGUGACUCUCUUGGUCAGAAGAGAAUGGCACAAAGUGACUCUGAAGGAGGAUCUGGAACUUCAAACUCUCUGAGUUAGAAGCAAUGCCAUUCCCAAGGACUGACGGACACGCACCAAGAAAGUACUUUGCAGUACUUGGGAAACCUUUACAGCACAAAUGUAGCAGUCUGAAGAAGAUAAAGGUUGUUCUUCUAAAUAUUGGACCAAUGGGUCAGAAUAUUACUGAGGAAAUGUGCUUACAUUAGCAUUAGUAUUGCCAUAUUGCUGAUAAUGAUGCUGUUUGUGUAUUUUAGAGCAUUCCCUGCCAGGAAUCAUUGCAUAAAGCUUGGAGUAAAUUAAUUCGACAAUUAAUUAAAAUAACUCCCUGUGCGAAUGCAGUUCACAUUCAUGCUUCUCAGGGAUUUACACAUAGGCUACAAUUAUAGAGUGCAGACUGAAAUUUUCUUUUGUAAUAAUUCUUGCUUCAAACCAUUGGAUUAUAGGUGCUGCUAAAAUACCAAUGUAUUGCAGUGCUUUAUGGCUCAUUUCUACAAAAAUCAUGUAUUAUUACAAAAAAAAAGUUUCUGAGUGAAUGUUACUGACCAUAUUGCAAUAAGAGAACAAAUAAAGCCAAGUCUUUGCUGAUCAAAUGCCAGGAUUUGAUUCUUCUCUGCAAUUCCAGUAAGGAUUUUAAUGUAAAUGCUGUACCCCAGUGUGAUAGGACGGUGGUCCACAGGUGCAAGUUCAUGAACUGGGUAAAAUCAGAAUGUCAUAUUGUCAUUAGUUGGUGAGAUGGUUUAAAAUUCCAUAUUCUUAUCAUUCCACGAUUGUGGUCUUGCCUUUAGUUCCAUCAGCUCUAAGCUCUGGAAUUCUUUUUCUGAACAUCUUCUCCCAUCUACUUGUCUCUCAUAGUAACGAAAAAACAAAGAGCAGGAGUUGGUCAUUCAGCCCCUCUAGGAUGCUCCACCAUUCGAUAUGAUUAUGAUCACAUCUCGGUCUCAACUCCACUUUCCUGCCCGCUGUCCACAACCUUUCAACUCAUUACUAAUUAAAAAUCUGUGUAUCUCCUCCUUAAAUUUACUCAAUGUCCCAGCAUCUUCCACACUUUUGGGUAGUGAAUUCCACAGAUUCGCGGCCCUUCGAGAAAAGCAAUUUCUCCUCGACUCUGUUUUAAAUCUGCCAUCCCUUAGCCUAAAACUAAAACAUUCAUUCUAGAUUGCCCCACAUGAGGAAAUGUCCUCUCUACAACUACUUUGUCAAUACCCUUUAGCAUCUUAUAUACCUCAAUUAGAUCUCCUCAUUCUUCUAAACUCCAGAGAGUAUAAAUUGCUCAAUUUCCCUUCAUAAUGGUCCCAGCAAUGGAAAACUUAACGUAUGAGGAACGUUUGAGGACUCUGGGACUAUACUCAUCGGAAUUUAGACAGAUGAGGGGGAAUCUAAUUGACACUUUCAGAAUACUGAAUGGCCUGAACACAGUGGAUGUUGGGAAGAUGCUUCCAUUGGUAGGAGAGACUAGGACCCGAGGGCACAGCCUUAGAGUAAAGGGAAGACCUGUUUGAAUGGUGAAAAGGAGAAACUUCUUCAGCCAGAGAAUGGUUAAUCUAUGGAAUUCACUGCCACAGAAGGCUGUGGAGGCCAGGACAUUGAGUACAUUUAAGACUGAGAUAGAUAGGUUCUUGAUUAUCAAGGGGAUCAAGGGUUAUGGGGAGAAAGCGGGAGAAUGGGGUUGAGGAACUUACCAGCCAUGAUUGAAUGGUGCAGCAGACUUGAUGGGCUGAAUGGCCUAAUUUCUGCUCCUAUGUCUUAUGGUCUUAUGGUCUUAUUAGACAAAUCUCUCAUCUCUGGGACCAAUCUGGUGAACCUCCUCUGAACUGCCUCCAAUGCAGCAAAAUCCCUCCUCUUCCUUUAAGACUCUAUUUCAAAUGUAUUCCUUUGGGCAAGCUCUCGGUCACCUGUUUUAACAUCUCCAUAAGCGACUCAGUGUUAAAUACUAUUUGCUAAGAGGCUGUUACUCCAGGCUGAAGAGUCUGGAACCAGGGAACAAAACCUUAGGAUAAGGGGUUGGCCAUUUAGGCCGGAUUGGCUUUGUUUUCUCUUUGAGGGUUCUGAAUUCUUGGAAUUCUUUAUCCCAAAAGGUUGGUUAUUGAGUAUAUCCAAAACUGAGACCUGUACAUUCUUGAAAUCCAAACAGAGGUGGGAAUCAGGCAAGAAAUUGACGUCCAGGUUGAAGGACGGCCUAAUCUUACUGAAUGGCAGAGCAGCCUCAAGUCUUUAUAUGGCCCAUUCCCUUCUUAUAUGGUUAAUUUUGUUAUGGUCCCUGUGAGAUUGCCAAAUGUAUAUUACAGUCUGGCUAAGGACUAGUAACAUGUUGAUUUAAAGUAGACAGAGGGACUGACAAGGAGAACAAAGCCCCAAUACUCCACAAUUUCAAACAAAUAAAAUAAACUUUACUAAACAAAACUAGAACAGGAAAAUAGUCUACAAUAUGCAUGCAACUUAUAGUCUAACAUCCAGCACUUACUGUAGCUGGCCACCCCACAGAGGCCACCACCAAACAGGAGAUGGUGCAGAGCCAGAUUCUACUGACUCCUCGGCAGCCCAAACAAACAAAAGGGACAUUCUUGGUGAGCAAAUCUGUCAAAACUUUGUCUCCCAUACAAGGGAUUCCACUUCUUCACUUUCAAAGAUCUAGCUUUGAAACUUCCUCUAAAGCUACUCCAGCAUGCCUCACUGACUGCUCACUUUCUCGCAGCUCCCAGGACUGUACUCCCUGAAUUCCUACUCUGGGCACAAUGCCAGCACUUUUACAUUCAGCGUGCUUUACUAAGCUGAUACUGUCCCUAGAAUUCUCUGAGUUCCAAUAUUUCUUAGUGAAUAUUGCAUAUGGGGUUCCUUCACCCCAGACUCAAUUGCACUGAACCACCAGUGGUUCCCGGAAGUUCUUCCAAUUGCAUGAAGGGUCUAAAAAGGUUAAUGGUGAGGGGUACAUUAAGCACUAUCCAAUAGAAAGAUGUCUUAUGGAAAUAGGCAAGGGGAACAGGUUUGGACAACAAAGGAGAGGGGCCUAAUUAUUAAUGUUUCCUUCAUUAUUUUCAUAGCAAUGUCUGUCAUACUACUGUAAAUUGUACCAAGCUGUUGUCAUGCAAUAAACUUCAUCUUGUAUAA